GAGGCGUGCGGGAGUCUGCGAUUCUGGAGGCCGGGUUUGCUGGCAGCUCCAGGGGCUGCCCCAUCUGCUGCCGGCCUUCAACUCGCAGCCAGUACACAGACCUGAGGCUGGGCAGGCUGUAAAGAGGAACACGGUCACGGGUGGAUUCCCUCCAGCUACAACCUUGAGGCGUGUGUCAGGUCUGCCUGCUACCUUGCAGCUCCUUCUCUGCCCGGUUGUUCCUCAGAUUCUAACACAGGACACUGACUCCCAACUGUCCACAAGAGUCUUCUGGAAGAGAGCAGAAGGAGCUGGAGGAGUAUUUUGGGCACAGAGGUUAUACCUCAAGGGCACCAGUAUUCAAGGUCUUCAUGAGGUGCUUUUUCAGAUGGACAGAGUCCUCUGUCACAGCCCCCUGGUCCCUAAUAUUUAUCCUCUUUACCAUACAAUGUGAAUAUGGGAGUGGCAAGAAAUACGGCAGCCCCUGCGGAGGAAGAAACUGCUCUGUCUGCCAGUGUUUUCCUGAGAAGGGAUCUCUGGGUCACCCAGGACCACUGGGACCACAGGGACCAAUAGGACCCUUGGGACCCCCGGGACCCAUUGGGAUUCCAGGAGAAAAAGGUCUGAGAGGUGACAGUGGCCUGCCUGGACUACCAGGAGAGAAAGGAGACAAGGGUCCAACUGGUGUCCCUGGAUUUCCAGGAGUAGAUGGUGUACCUGGUCACCCAGGGCCUCCUGGACCCAGAGGCAAACCUGGCGUGGACGGCUACAAUGGCUCACGAGGUGAUCCGGGAUAUCCAGGAGAAAGAGGAGCCCCUGGCCCAGGCGGCCCCCCUGGUCAGCCUGGGGAAGAUGGUGAAAAAGGGAGAUCGGUGUUCAUUUCAGGUGGCUUUAAAGGUAUUCAGGGAGACCGUGGGGAUCCAGGACCACCCGGCUUACCAGGAUCUAGGGGUGCACAAGGACCAACCGGGCCCAUGGGGCAUGCAGGUGCACCAGGGCUAACAGGCCCUAUAGGUCAUCCUGGGAGCCCUGGGUUGAAGGGAACUCCUGCCAUGGGACUGAAAGGGCAAAGGGGAGAGCCGGGUGAAGUUGGCCAGCAUGGUCCUCCUGGGCCCCCCCUGUUGGUACAGCCGCCUGAUUUGGGUAUCUAUAAAGGAGAAAAGGGUAUAAAAGGAAUUCCUGGAAUGAUUGGACCUCCAGGGCCUCCAGGACGCAAGGGAGAGCCUGGUUUCGGGAUCAAAGGAGAGAAAGGUAUCCCUGGGUUCCCAGGACCCCGGGGUGAGCCUGGUUCCCAUGGAUCUCCAGGUUUUCCAGGAUUCAAGGGGAUACAAGGAGCAGCUGGAGAUCCUGGGCUGUUCGGAUUUCUUGGUCCAAAGGGGGACCCUGGAGAUCGCGGGUACCCGGGACCACCAGGCAUUUUGGUGACUCCAGCUCCACCAAUCAAAGGAGCUCCAGGGGACCCAGGGCCCCCUGGCCGCUAUGGAGAGAUUGGAGAUGUUGGAUUACCAGGUCCUCCAGGGCUCCCAGGCAGACCAGGGGAAAGUUGUCCAGGCAUGAUGGGACCUCGUGGGCCACCAGGGGUUCCUGGUCCUCCAGGAUUUCCAGGGGAAGCGGGUGUGCCUGGAAGACUCUACUGUGCCCCAGGACAACCUGGGAAGCCAGGACUACCGGGCCUGCCUGGAGCACCAGGACCACAGGGUCCCCCUGGAUCAGAUGUGAUGUAUUGUCGCCCUGGGUUCCCUGGACCAAUGGGAGAAAAGGGAAAAAUGGGUCCCCCAGGAAGAAGAGGAGACAAAGGAGCAAAAGGAAAUGAGGGACUCUGUACCUGUCCACCUGGUCCCAUGGGACCCCCUGGUCCCCCAGGACCUCCUGGAAGACAAGGAAGUAAAGGAGACUUAGGGUAUCCUGGUUGGCAUGGAGAAAAGGGUGAUCCAGGCCAGCCUGGUGCUGAAGGACCUCCAGGGCCACCAGGAAGACCUGGUGCUGUGGGGCCCCCUGGUCACAAAGGGGCAAAGGGUGACAUGGUCACAUCAAGAGUGAAAGGGCAAAAAGGAGAAAGAGGACUGGAUGGGCCACCAGGAUUUCCGGGGCCACAUGGACAAGAUGGUCGGGAUGGACAUCCUGGAGAAAGAGGGGAUCCUGGGCCGAGAGGGGACCAUAAGGAUGCAACCCCGGGUGAGAGAGGGCUUCCCGGACUGCCAGGCCCUCCAGGGAAAACGGGACCAGCGGGGCCUCCAGGCCUGGGAUUUCCAGGCCCACCAGGAGAGAGAGGCCUACCAGGAGAGCCCGGGCGCCCAGGCAGGAGAGGCUUUGAUGGCAUGAAGGGGCAAAAAGGUGACUCCAUUCCGUGUAAUGUAACCUACCCAGGAAAACCAGGUCCGCCAGGUUUUGAUGGACCUCCAGGUCUGAAGGGGUUUCCAGGACCCCCGGGGGCUCCUGGUAUGAGAUGUCCAGAUGGGCAGAAAGGUCAUCGGGGCAGACCGGGAAUGUCUGGAAUUCCAGGUCUACCUGGUUUUCGUGGUGAAACGGGAGAUCCAGGCAUCAAAGGUGAAAAGGGGACCUCCCCUAUUGGACCCCCAGGCCCACCUGGGUCUCCUGGAAUGGAUGGCCAGAAAGGAAUCCCAGGAGACCCUGCAUUUGGUGACCCAGGACCCCCCGGAGAGAGGGGUCUUCCAGGAGCACCAGGCAUGAAAGGACAGAAAGGUUACCCGGGAUGCCCAGGGGCUGGAGGCCUGCCUGGCACUCCUGGAUCUCCAGGUCUCAAAGGUCCCAAAGGCAGAGAGGGAAGUCCUGGGUUGCCAGGGAUCCCAGGCUCCCCUGGCCAUUCCUGUGAAAGAGGUGCUCCAGGGAUCCCAGGACAACCAGGACUUCCUGGGACUCCAGGUGAUCCAGGGGCCCCAGGUUGGAAAGGCCAGCCAGGAGACAUGGGGCCCUCUGGACCGGCUGGGAUGAAGGGCCUCCCCGGUCUCCCAGGCCUACCAGGAGCUGAUGGUCUCCAAGGGCCUCCUGGGAUUCAAGGCCCCACUGGGGAAGAGGGCCCACCUAGUCUUCCAGGCCUAAAAGGACUCCCGGGGAUGCCUGGCUUCCCUGGUUUUCCGGGAGAGAGAGGAAAGCCAGGCCCAGAUGGAGAACCUGGAAGGAAGGGAGAUGUUGGGGAGAAAGGCUGGCCUGGCUUGCAGGGAGACCUGGGAGAGAGAGGUGCCAAAGGAGACAGAGGACCUCCUGGUGAUGCAGGAGAAGCAGCCACCUCCAAAAAGGGAGACCCUGGGGAUGCUGGGCCUCCAGGAGAUGGUGGAUUCUCCGGAGAAAGAGGUGAUAAAGGAAGCCCAGGGGUGCGAGGGGGAAGAGGAGAUCCCGGAAGACAUGGACCACCUGGACUCCACAGAGGGCAGCCUGGGAUAAAUGGGCCUCCUGGGCCUCCUGGACACCCUGGCCCUCCAGGAUCACCUGGACUGAGAGGAGUCAUUGGUUUUCCGGGAUUUCCAGGCGACCAGGGUGAUCCAGGCUCUCCAGGACCCCCUGGAAUCUCAGGAGAUGAUGGAGCAAGAGGACCUAAAGGAAACAAAGGUGACCCUGCUGGUCAGUAUGGUCUACCCGGUCCAAAGGGUGAGCCAGGUAGCCCUGGAUACCAAGGACAUACCGGAGCCCCUGGAGAGAAAGGCUUUCCUGGAGAUGAAGGGCCCCGAGGACCACCAGGCAGACCUGGACAGCCUGGUUCUUUUGGACCACCAGGGUGUCCAGGUGAUCCUGGGAUGCCCGGACUCAGGGGUCAUCCAGGAGAAGUGGGAGACCCCGGGCCAAGAGGUUAUGCAGGAGAUUUAGGGAGGCCAGGUCCUGCCGGAGUGAAAGGGCCUCCUGGGUCUCCUGGUCUGAAUGGCUUGCAUGGUCUGAAGGGUGAGAAAGGAGCAAAAGGCAACUCAGGUUUGCUUGAAAUGGGUCCACCUGGGCCAAUUGGAGUGCCUGGGCUAAAAGGAGAGAAAGGUGACCCUGGGAGCCCAGGGAUUUCUCCCCGAGGCCUUCCAGGAGAAAAGGGCCUCCCAGGACCGCCAGGGAGACCAGGACCACCUGGUUCUGCAGGUGCCCCAGGAAGAGCUGCUAAAGGUGACAUUCCUGAUCCAGGUCCACCUGGAGACUGGGGACCUCCUGGCCCCGAUGGCCCAAGAGGAGUACCUGGGCCUCCAGGUUCCCCUGGGAAUAUCGACCUUCUGAAAGGGGAUCCAGGUGAUGGUGGUUUGCCAGGACCACCUGGCUCCCAAGGCCCACCAGGCCCUCCAGGGUGUCAGGGUCCCCCAGGAUGUGAUGGCAAAGAUGGCCAGAAAGGACCAAUGGGACUUCCAGGGCUUCCAGGGCCACCAGGUCUUCCCGGGGAACCUGGAGAGAAGGGAUUACUUGGCCCUCCAGGCAGAAAAGGGCCAGUAGGUCCUCCAGGCUGCAGAGGUGAACCUGGGCCUCCUGCAGAUAUGGAUCCCUGUCCUCAAAUCCCAGGACUUCCUGGAGUGCCAGGCCCCAGAGGACCAGAAGGAGCUAUGGGGGACCCUGGACAGCGAGGCCUGCCUGGACCAGGGUGCAAAGGAAAGCCUGGUCUGGAUGGCAGAAGGGGCCAGGAUGGCAUCCCUGGAUCUCCUGGGCCUCUGGGACACAGAGGUGACACUGGAGAGGCAGGCUGUCCUGGAGCACCAGGCCCUCCUGGUCCAACUGGUGAUCCUGGGCCCGAGGGGUUUGGCCCUGGAUACCUCAGUGGCUUCCUCCUGGUUCUCCACAGUCAGACAGCUCAAGAACCAGCCUGCCCUGUGGGUAUGCCUCGGCUUUGGACAGGAUACAGCUUGUUAUACAUGGAAGGACAGGAGAAGGCACACAAUCAAGAUCUUGGUUUGGCAGGAUCUUGUCUUCCUGUGUUUAGCACUUUGCCCUUUGCCUACUGCAACAUCCACCAAGUGUGCCACUACGCCCAGAGAAAUGACAGGUCCUACUGGCUGUCCAGUGCAGCUCCUCUUCCUAUGAUGCCACUCUCAGAGGAAGAGAUCCGCCCUUACAUCAGCCGCUGUGCAGUGUGUGAGGCCCCAGCCCAGGCAGUGGCUGUCCACAGUCAGGACCAAUCCAUUCCACCAUGUCCGCAGACAUGGAAGAGCCUGUGGAUCGGAUAUUCCUUUCUGAUGCACACUGGAGCUGGGGACCAAGGAGGCGGGCAGGCACUGAUGUCACCUGGCAGCUGCCUAGAGGACUUCAGAGCUGUACCAUUCCUUGAAUGCCAGGGCCGGCAGGGAACCUGUCACUUUUUUGCAAACGAGUACAGCUUCUGGCUGACCACGGUGAACCCAGACCUGCAGUUUGCCUCUGGCCCGUCACCGGACACCUUGAAAGAAGUUCAGGCCCAGCGCCGGAAAAUCAGCAGGUGCCAGGUCUGCAUGAAGCACAGUUAAAGAAUUCAAGACAUGGCAACAGUCAUCAAGGCAGACACCCCACGGAGGACAAGCUUCCCAACUAUCCUAGCAAAUUCAGUGGUGCUCUUUCCAGACUCCUUCAGCCAUGCCUUGUCUCAGCAUGGUUAUUCCAGGCCUCCUCUUCUUCCUCCUCCUCCUCCUCUUCCUCUUUCUCCUCCUCCUCCUCCUCCUCUUCCUUCUCCUCCUCCCCUCUACAGAUCAAGCAAAGGCUGCACACGUGGAGUUGUUUGCCCCCACCCCACAUUCUCUUUUUAUUGAGAUGAUGGGAGAACAGGCUUUAUUUGAACAUUGUGUUAAUUCCCAGAAAAGCGAGUGAAUGACAAAAAAACAGAUUAUAAACUUCAUUCAUUGGUUGAUAGAGUCUCAAACAACUGAAGUCAAUUAUUCUGUAAUCCAUUGAGCUUCUGGCUAGAUUUUACAGGAAAAAAAAAAAAAAAAAAAAACCCACAACACAAUAUAAAUAGGCCAACAAAUGAAGCGACGAAGUACAGAUUUUUCAAUGUUUCAAAAUGAUUCCCUCUAUAAUCUAUUUUUUUUUUAAAGCCAGGCACUUUAAAUAAUUGUGAGACCAUGGCCCAAAGAGGUUUUUAAAAAGGAGGAAGAAAAGAAAACCAACCUUUCUACACUGCCAGAGUUAGCAGAUCAUUUCAAAGCAGAAAUGGGUCAUUAUGCAGGAAGGCCUGCAGUCCUGUAUUCCAGAGCCUCGGCAUAAACACUUCACAGAUGAAUAUAAAACAUUAUGUUCUCUUCUGCAUUUUACAGAGAAUGGAAAUGCCUACUUUGGCAACCCCUUUGAAAAGUAGCAAUUAUAGAAAAAAUAUAUUCAAUAAGGGAUUAGGGGCCUAAAAGCUAUUAAUGAAUAUUAAGGUAGUGAUUCACAAAAAUUGACUCCCCCAUCCCAGGGAACUUGCAAACAGACCACUUUUCCCCGGUCGGGGGCCAGUGAGGAGUCCCGCUAAUGGGACUGAAGCCACAUGGGGCUUACUCAGGCAAUGAGAGCCUGAUACAAAGCCACCAGCUCUCCUCCCCAGGAGAACCUGCAAGGCUCUUCCUCCACAUGGAUAAUGGCGACUCACUCCGGAAGUGACAGGGCUAUCAUUAUGCACUUGGGAGAAAAUUAAGGGCUGACUUAAUUAAACUUAGGUAAGAAGAUUCAUUUAUGUCAGGGUCACCCCACCAGAAAGGCAUGGGGCUCUGUUGAACAGAAACAAAGACUAUAGCCAAUCUGAAUUUUGUGUUCCUGUGAUUUUUUUUCUUUUUUUAAAUGAGAGCAUCUGUCUCACCAAAUUUCAAACAUUCUUCAUAUUGUAUUAGCAUCACGGCAAGACAGCUGUUUGACACUGGUACUUAGCAGCUCCUGUACAUGGAUAGGAUCCAUGUCAAUUUGCAGUGACUUUUCUGCAUACCAAAAGGUCUGCUUGCUAUCAAGUCAGGGAUGCCUACAAAUCACAAAUUGAAAGGUUUGCUAGAAAAGGUUUUUUUUUUUUUUUGAAACUCACCUUCCUCAGCUAAAGUAAAAUUGUCAUUUUAAUGGAAAGGAAGGAUAUUUUCCCCCCUGAGAGAGACACUCAUGUCAGAGCUUACUUUUCAGUGCACUUAAGAAUAGUUGAAAGAAAAACUCAAUUAAAUUUUUGGUCCUGAGGCUGGGGAGGUGACUCUGGUUAUAAGCACUUACUGCUCUUGCUGAAGAUCUGAAUUCAGUUCCUGGCACCCAGGUCAGCUGGCUGAUAGUCACCAGGAACUCCAGUUCCUCUUUCUGGAUCCCAUGAGCACUUUGUACACAUGCAAACACCCACCCACAGACAUACUCGUACACAAAUUAAAACCAAAAGUAAAUAAGAAUAUUUCUAAGGUGUUUUUUUCCUUUCCAUCGUUUGGUCAGUGAUAAACUCCAUGCAGAAUACAUUUAGUUUUCUUUUUUCUUUUCUUUUUUUUUUCUUUCUUUCUUUUUUUUUUUCUGUAGGAUGUCUGUGGGAUGGCAGUUUAAGAGACCUUUUUGGUAAAUAACAUCUAUUUUAUUUUAUUAUGUUUUAAGAUAGCACCCCAGUCUGUAGUUCGAGUUGGCCUGGAACUUGCUACAUAACCCUGCAUUGGCUUCAAUAGCCUGGCAAUUACCGGACGCUCUGGAAGUGCUAGAAGUCUAGCCUUUUAAAAGAGAAACAUGGUUUUUGUUUUGCUUUGAAGACAUUGUCUCUGCUUGGUCUGGAAUUCUCUAUAUAACCAGGGCUGAAUGUCUCUACUUUAACAUCAAAUAUUUUCUUGAUGUAGCAGAAUUUUUCCUAUUGACCCAUUUGAAUUUAAGUUCAAUGCUGUAUAUGUUAAAUACUUUUGAGUGUCUGAAAACGCAGCCAUUUCUUCUUUAUUUAUAUUACUCUUAUGUUUUCAGAAUCUAUAUCUAUCAUCCUAAAGCAGGCCUCCUGAAAUUUCCUCAUGAACUUGGCCUGAGAACAAGUUCCAGGAAGGGAUGGUUGGGAAUAAAUGAACAAUUAGAACACACGUGCCUUGCUACAUGAUGUUAAACCCUUCAGCCUUGCUGCUGGAAUAUUAACAUGCUUCAAGUAAGUUAUGACUGGUUGAAUUAGGAGGGCAAUUUAGCUACCCAAGAUAGUGAGCAUGAAGCAGUUCAAAGUGUAGAUCCCAGGGUCCUCCAGUGACUAGCAUGAGGAUUGCUGAUGGAUUUAGAGACGGUCCAGACGGUGAAACAAUAGGAAAAGCAUCUUGGGCCAGAAGAGCAUGUUAUCUUAAAGUUAUUAUUUCUCUUUCCACCUGGCUGUAUAUCAAUGCGUUUGGACCAGCCUUGCUCAGUGGAGACCAUGAACAAAGCUUUGCAUUUAUCCUAAUCCAUGACUGUGAUGGUCUUAUCUAAAUGUCCUUUUCGAGACCUCCACCCUUGACUGGCUGGAAUAUGCCUAGAUCCCUAACGGGAAUUACUUUGAGGCUCCACACUAGAGCGCAGAUGGGGUGUUUCCUUCUGGCUUCUCAUUCUUGCUAAAUGGAAGCCACCAGGCAUCCAAGCUUUGUGUGGUUGGUUCCCAAGGCUCACAUCCCCACUUGUGUGGGUUGCUAUCCCCUCUCCAUGCUUCUUGUUCUCAUACAGAUUUCUACCUAGCCUCUCACAGGAGAUGUCUCCAGUUUGGAAUUCCAGCCAUCCUCUAAGUUUCAUCCAAGUUAGACUGUUAUCUUUUGGCUUAAAAUCCUGAAUGACCACACUGCCUGUGGAGUCCAAAAUGACUUCACAUGGGGUAAGAGGUCUGUUGUGAACUGAGGCUCACUGUGAGAGAAUGCCUCUUGUUAGCAUGAGCUGCACACAGCUUUGCAGACAUUCACAUACCUUUAUGUCUCUGGCUCAUCUUUAUGCCAUUAGCAUCCUCCCUAGGGCCCACUGGUUUGGUAGACACAUGUUUGUCCUAGCACAAUGGGUUAGUGGCAGGUAUAUGAACCUCCCAAAGAGACUGGGCGUCUGUCUCCUCUUUGUUACUUCUCUAAUGUCUCCUGACACUUCUUUCAUUCCAUAAUUUAAUUCCAUUAAAAACUGAAGCCCUUGUGGAGCAGGAACCAUGCUUUGCUGGUGUUUGGAUGCCCAUCAGUAGCACACGAACGAGCUAUUAUUGGCUUGAUUCUUUCAUUCAGUGACAAUUUCCUAUGCCUUGGUAAGCCUUUGAUGUACAGCUUGGCAUAUAGGAUCUCAUUGGUUAAAGGGUGAUUAAGCAUAAUUCUUCAGAAUCUCAGAAAGUUAAACAUAGCUACGCAUCCACAAUCUUUUAAUACAAGUACCACCAUAAUGCCAAUCGGCAAGCAUUGACCCUUCCUCACUCCACAAUUAACUACUUCUCUAUGAACUGAAAUUUCAGAAAUGAUGAGAUUCACUCCUAGAUUUGGCAGAAAGAAGAUCCUUUGCUGAAAUGACCCGAUUCACUCCGCAAUCUGUAUUUCCUCAUGACUUAAGGGCUUCUUGGCACCAAGGUGCUCUACACUGUCUGUGUGUUUUGAGCACUUAGAAAAACUCAGCAGAAUGGCUCAUGAGAGCUGAACUUUAUCAAAGAGUCACUUUGGCCCUUCCUGCAGGCCACCACAAAACAGACCAUACUCCUUUGUGAACAGUGUUUCUACCCACUGGAAUAAUUUAACAGGUGUCCCUCUCUGAUGUGGUAUGGCUAUAAUAGUAGUGGGGGAAUGAGGACUUGUGAAUGGGUUGGACCCAGAAUUUAAUCCAGCUGUGUCUCUUUCAGCUGCAUUGCCAUGGGUGAGUUCUGCUAAACUGUUCUCAUUUAUAAGGUAGGACAUUACCACUCAUGUUGAAAAUUAAAGUUGGAUUAUUACCUACCUAGUGCAUAGCAGUCACCAUCACCAAGUAUGGACACAUCUUCUAUUUAAAAUAAGGCAUUUUAAUAUGAAAAUUACUUCUUGCUUUCCUCUCCCCCUGCAACAGAAUUAUGUUGAUUCUCACAGCAUAUAAAUUACUGAUUAUAAUUAUUUAUACCUAGCCAGUUCUUAACGUCUUCUUUAUUUCAAGUCACAAAGUUACUGUACCACAAAAAGUACCCCAAUUUCCUGCAGGGAUAUUAUGAAUAAGGUCUGCAGGGGACAAACAAUCCACAAUUUUUUAAAAAAAUGCCAUUCUGCAAUUGUCACUGCUAUCAUCUGCAAGGAACUCUGUGUAGUACAUUUUAAACCAGGAUGUCUGGCUGCCACAUCCAUGUGAAAUGGUUGAAUUUUAUGGUGCUUAAAUAUUUAAUGAUUUGUUGGAAAAAAUGUGAAACAUGUCUAUUAAAUUGCAUCCAUUUCUCUAAACCAUGGUUUUAAAGUAAAAGAUUUUUAUCGAGUAACUUUUGCAAGAUGCCUGAUCUACUACAGACAUAAAUAUUUGCUGUGUUGUCACGUACAGUGUGGUUCAUUAUAUAUAAAAUUCCGUGGUAGCUUCCAAGACCACUGUUAUUAAAUAAUGUAUUUUCUUUUAAGCUAAAGUGGAUUUCCUCUUACAUGUGUAUGUGUUCUUGUGUACAGACACAUGUAUGAAGUUGUAUGUAUGCAUGUGUUACAUGUAUGUAGGAACAACCUUAAAUGGUUGUCCCUCAGGUACCCUUUGAAUGAAAAAAAUAAAUAAAUAAAAUGAUUGCU